UUUGCUGACAUUUGCAUGUUGAUUACACUAGAAGAACUUUGUUGCCAGUAGGGAGAUCCUUUUAGUUAAUGUUAAUGUCUGCUUUUCAAUGUUGCACUCUGGAUGUGACCAACUGUAGGCCUUUGCCUCUGUACUCCAGCUAAUUUAGGAAGAGACAAUGCAGAGUAACUGGCCCAGCUCCCAAUUCUGUAGAAAUAGACAGCAGUAUUGUUAGGAACACAAAAGUAAUCCAGAUAUUGGCAUAGAAAGAAAACCUGUUGGUAGCAACAACUGUGCCACCUUGGUAGUAAUAGUAAAAUCACCAUCAAUAAUAGUGUCAAAAAGAAACUGGAGACUGAUAACAUAAGAACCAAUAGUGUACCAUUCAAAACUAUAGAGAAGAGACUAAUGUAUAAAAACUGGGACAAAUCAAAUUUUGACAUAGAGGAAUAAAAGCAAAUUAAUAGAAUUGGAUAAACUAGCAAAAGAACAAACAAGAAAAAAUUUCUUAUUCUCUUAAUUUGUACUGCAUUUUUCAGCGUGAAUUAAGCCAACUCUCUGAAAUGUAAUGAAGUGUCCAAGUUUAUGUGGAUAAGAAAAGAACUAAAAUGCCAAACUGAGUUAGUGACAUUUUCUAUAACAGUAUAAUGCCACUGUUUUGGGUGCAGCAAAAUUAAGGAUAUACAGCACUUUUUAAUAUUGUACUGAGGUUUUGAUUCCAUUGGUUCAGAUGUGAUGAUGUUUCUUUUCUGUGUUAUGAGUUACUGGCUACUACUCUUUGUCUUUCCACAUAUCUAAAUUCUUCCCUUACUCUAAAACCUUUCUGUGAGCCUUUACUGGGGUUAUACCACUGUCACUUUUUAAACUGUAACCUUAUGCAAAUAAUUUAUUAAAACUAAUUCCUUAGUCUUAGUUGAGUUUCUUGGGGCAGUUAAGGGACAGGGGAAGAAUGACAUCUUUAAUCUAUAGUACCUAAAGAAUGAAACACAAGAAUGGAUUAGAAUGAGCCUAUUGGUAAUGUAAACUUAGUAAAGCAAACUAUUGGUAAAGCAAACUUAAAAGAAUUUGCUUUGGGAACUUUUCUCAGUUGGUAGAAUUUGAAGCUGAAGAGCAAAUAAAAAGUCAUGGUUAACUAUUAAAUACAAAUGCAUACCAAAUUGUAUGCAUCAAAGGCAACUAAAAUAGUAAGAACCAGAAUGAUUUCAUUUGAAAUUUGACUGAUGCAACCACGUUCAAUGACUUAAUGAUUACCCAGGCUUUUUUGUUAAUUCAACUUGAUCUUGCCUCCAACUAUCAAGGUGGAAGCCAGCAUUGGAGAAUGAAAAAUGUCAGCAGUGAGGGCAACAUGACAGAGAGGGGACACAGCGGCCAGGAGUGGGCAGGAGAAAAGAUGGAGAAAGAAGGGAGUCAAAUCAAGAGAUAAUAUCACCUACUGCAUUAUUUUUGGCUGCAAAAGUAGAAGAACAGGCUCGCAAACUUGAACAUGUUAUCAAAGUAGCACAUGCUUGCCUUCAUCCCCUAGAGCCACUGCUGGAUACAAAAUGUGAUGCUUACCUUCAGCAGACUCAAGAACUGGUUUUACUUGAAACCAUAAUGCUACAAACACUAGGUUUUGAGAUCACCAUUGAACACCCACACACAGAUGUGGUGAAGUGCACCCAGUUAGUAAGAGCAAGCAAGGAUUUGGCACAGACAUCCUAUUUCAUGGCUACCAACAGUCUGCAUCUUACAACCUUCUGUCUUCAGUACAAACCAACAGUGAUAGCUUGUGUGUGCAUUCAUUUGGCUUGCAAAUGGUCCAAUUGGGAGAUUCCUGUGUCAACUGAUGGAAAGCAUUGGUGGGAAUAUGUAGAUCCUACAGUUACUCUAGAAUUACUAGAUGAGCUAACACAUGAGUUUCUACAAAUAUUGGAGAAAACGCCUAGUAGGUUGAAGAGGAUUCGAAACUGGAGGGCUGAUCAGGCGGUUAAUAAGAAACCAAAAGUAGAUGGACAAGUAACAAAGACACCACUUCUUGGUUCAUCUUUGGUUCAGAAUUCCAUUUUAGUAGAUAAUGUCACUGGUGUACCUACAAACCCAAGUUUUCAGAAACCAUCUACUUCAGCAUUUCCUGCACCGGUGCCUCUAAAUUCAGGAAAUAUUUCUGUUCCGGACAGCCAUACAUCUGAUAAUUUGUCAAUGCUAACCACAGGAAUGCCCAGUACCUCAUAUGGUUUAUCAUCACACAAAGAAUGGCCUCAGCAUCAAGAAUCAGCAAGGACAGAACCAGUAUAUUCACAGAAACAGGAGACAUCUUUGUCUGGUAGCCAAUACAACAUCAACUUCCAACAGGGACCUUCUAUCUCACUGCAUUCAGGAUUACAUCACAGACCUGACAAAAUUUCUGAUCAUUCUUCUGUUAAGCAAGAAUAUACUCAUAAAGCAGGGAGCAGUAAACACCACGGACCAAUUUCUGCUACUCCUGGAGUUAUUCCUCAGAAAAUGUCUUUAGAUAAAUACAGAGAAAAACGUAAGCUAGAAACUCUUGAUGUUGAUGUAAGGGAUCAUUAUAUAACUGCCCAGGUAGAACAGCAACACAAACACAUGCAGUCACAAGCAACAAGCAGCAGUUCUGUAACUUCUCCCAUUAAAAUGAAAAUUCCCUUUGCAAAUACUGAAAAACCUGAAAAAUACUUGGCAGAGAAAAAGGAAAAGAGUGGAUCAUUGAAAUUACGAAUUCCAUUACCACCCACUGAUAAAGGUAUCAGCAAAGAAGAACUGAAGAUGAAGAUCAAAGUUUCAUCCUCAGAAAGACACAGCUCUUCUGAUGAAGGCAGUGGGAAGAGCAAGCAUUCAAGCCCACAUAUUAGCAGAGACCAUAAGGAAAAGCACAAGGAGCACCCUGUAAACCGCCACCACACCAGCAGCCACAAGCAUCCUCACUUGCACAGUGGUGGAGGCAGCAGUGGCAGUAAACACAGUGCUGAUGGACUACCACCCACUGUUUUGAGGAGUCCAGUUGGCCUGAGCAGUGAUGGCAUUUCCUCUAGUUCCAGUUCUUCAAGGAAGAAGCUGCAUAUCAAUGAUGCCUCUCACAACCAUCACUCCAAAAUGAGCAAAAGUUCCAAAAGUUCAGGUAGUUCAUCUAGUUCUUCCUCCUCUGUUAAGCAGUAUGUAUCCUCUCACAACUCUGUUUUUAACCAUCCCUUACCCCCUCCUCCCCCUGUCACAUACCAGGUGGGCUACGGACAUCUCAGCACCCUCGUGAAACUGGACAAGAAGCCAGUGGAGACCAACGGACCUGAUGCCAAUCACGAGUACAGUACAAACAGCCAGCAUAUGGACUACAAAGACACAUUCGACAUGCUGGACUCGCUGUUAAGUGCCCAAGGAAUGAACAUGUAAUCAUUUCUUUAGGUCAAUUUUUCCUUUACUUUUUUAAUUUAAAAAUUGUUAGAAUGGAAAACUUCUUCCUGAUCUAGCAGUGGUAACACCUGCUGUCUCUGCCACUGCUUCAAUAUUUGUAAGUGCUGCUUUAUUCUUCAUUUUGAAAAGAAGAGAUUAUAGUAAACAAGUCUUUAUCUCCACAUAUGAUAGUGUUAUAAAUACUGUAAAAGCAUGGAAGGUGCAAAACUCAGUAUUUCUACCAUUGCAGCUAAGAACAUUAGGAUGAAUGGCUGGCUGCUUCUAGGAAUAUAAGAUGCCUCAAACAUUCAUUAUUUAUAAUUUGAAUACUAUAGCUAUUUUUUGUUGUUGCUUGGCUUUUGAAUGAGUGAAAAUUGUUUUCUUUGUGUAUUUAUACUUGUAUGUAUGAUUUGCAUGUUUCAAUGAUAAAGGGAUAAAACAGUAUACUGACAACUGUUUACAAGAAAGUGGAGGAAAAUGUACAUACAUUUUUGUAUGUUUAGAUAUUACCAUAAAUACUCAGGAUUGGAGCUGCUUGUAAGUAUAACAAUAUACAGAAUAACUUUAUUUUCUCUUGUCAGAAUCCAUCACUAAUCUGAAACAAAGGCGGCACUUUUUCAUGUUAACCUUAAACUCUAGGCCUUACUGGAAGCCGCUGAAGAGGGACACUUCACUACCAGUUGGGUAUGCAGUGCCACAGGUGGUCCUUUACACUGUGAGGCACUCAAUUUUUGCCUUCAGAGGUUCUGACCAGAUUGGCUGCUGAAAUGGCCCCUAAUUUUCUGAAGGCUUGAAGAAAAAAAUAAAAGUUUACAUACUCUUGAUGUGAAGUGCAUUUAAAUGUUUGUUGGCUUAUUGCAGUAUAAAUAAUUAUGUGGAUUACUGUGAUUUGAAAACUAAAUUCACAAAAACAUAGUGAAGAAUUAGUAAGUUUUUUCUUAAAGAACUUUAACACUACAUAUUUUAACAGUAAACAGGGAUCACUUUUCCUUUAGCAUUCAGAAUGUCACCAUAUUCUGAAAUAGUCUCCUCCCCUGAAGCGUGUUUGUGUGUGAUGUCAUAUUUCUUUUUCAGGUAAAUGCAGUCUUCCUUAUAAAAAUGAAAUUAAACCUAUGCUCUCUUAAUUCUUUUAUAUUCUAACAAUAAAUAAAAAGAAAAGAUCACUGACUGUGCAUUGUACCUGUAUUUAUAGUUUAUGGUUGCUAUCAUCAGGAAGCUCUGUAGAAUAAAAAGAUCAGCCUCCAGGCAAACCACUAGGAGGUUUUAUCUUUGUUUGCACAUCUCAUUAUGUUCCUUUUAAGGUAAAGUUUGCACAGUCAUCUGACUCCUGAUUGAAUUAUAAGACUUUAACUUGUUUAAGUUUUGUUUUAAAUACCAGUAGUAUGGUUCUUGACUGUUAGCUAGUCUUGACUUUAUUCUGUGGUAAAUCUUGGAGCUUUUGAGUAUCUUUAAUUUGGGUUGGAUUCAACUUAUAUUCAACUGAAAACCAUCAUAAUUUUUCCACUGCAAAUGAAAUAUUUUUGUUACAAAGCCACUGAUAUGUGCACAAUUGUAACUACUCAAAUAUGUUGCGGUUGUAAAUAAUAGAGUUUAAUCUGUGCUCUUUUAUUUAGCAGUUAUCUAAGAUAACUGUUUAUUAUUUCAUCAAUGUUAUUUGAACUUGAGAUAUGAGGAGCCUCUUUUAAGGACUUUACCUAGGUAGCAUGUCCUCACAUUUGUUCUUGUCUUGCAUAAAGUUAGUAAUCUUUGUCAUUAUAUGUAACUUUGUUGCUCUGUGUGGCAUAAUAUUGUAUCCAUAAACAUGGUAAUUUUGAUACAGUUACACUUUUACAGUGGUACAUGAUCCAAGGACUAGUGUAGAAUUAAGAUGAGGGCAAGAUGAGGGAGGGAGGGUUGUGUUCUUGGUAAUUUAGAUGUGAAACCUCUACAGAGCUAUCAUGUGAAACGAUGUAGGGUGGUUGUGCUACUGUAUAAUUGGGGAUAAUACCAGGAAUUUUAAUAAGAUUUUGUAAAGAAUAUCUAGAAAAGUAGUGAACUUAUUUUCAGUAUGAUAUAGAAGACAAUGUGAAUAUUUAAGGUCUGUGACUAUAGUUAAACUUCACUAAGAAUUUGAAGAAUUGUUUUGAAAUGUGGGAAUAAAGGUAAUUUUGUUGAAUCUUUAUUGGUGCUAAUGAUGGACAGUUAAAAAGAUAGCUAGUGUAUAUUGUUAUGGGUUAGUACUUAUUAGUACUUCCAAAAUUGUUUGAAAUGCUAUGUAUUAACUUUUCACUCUGUAAAUGUAAUUCUUUACAAUGACUUUAUUUAUUAAAGGGGAGUCAGUUGUGAUUUGUACAGGAUUGUGUGAGCUAUUCAAACUCUUUAACCUCUGAACAGAAUAUUAAGCUUCCAAAACCACAAAGGGAUAAAUACAGAAAUCAUUUUUAAGUUUCAUUGCCAUUAAACAAAAACCCUUGUAAUUCAUAUUGCCAUGAGUUUGCUUCAACCAUCUUACUUGCAUAAAAUAGUUCAUCAGCCUGGUCCCAUUAGGCUUUACCAAAGAAAAAGACUCAGAUGAAUGGACAUUACUGUGAGUCUUCUUGUAAGUAGCCAUAAAUAAACCAAAAUAAUAUCAGACUUAGGUAUGAAAUUCCACAUAUGCAAAGUACUGUUAAAGUGAUACAUUUUUAUGAGACUUUUUUUUAAAUAUUUGGAAUAUUAAAAAGCAUUAUCUUUAAACACCUUAUAGAAGAGUGAUUCGUUUUUAAGUUGUCUUUUCCCCAGAUUGCAGAUGUUACCUUUAUGAAGAAGCACAUUGCAAACAAAGGCUUUACUUCUACCUCUUUCAACUAGUUCGCCAAUAAAGAGCUGUGCCCCUUGAAUAUUUGCCUUAGCCAAUGUAAAAUGUAAUUUCAGAACCAAAGCAAAAGUUGUUCACAGAACAUUCUCAGAGGUCUACUUUUUAAAACAGGUAUAAUUUGUUAAUGAUUAAAAUAUCCAUUAGUGGUUAGCCCUUGCAGAGUUUCUAGCUGCAGGUUUUUUUGUACUGAAAAGUCACAGCAUCCAUCCCAGGUUUCUCUUGGAAAGCAGCUGAAUUUGUACCUUCAUUUUCCCUCUGUGCAAAUUCAUUCAGGUUGUUCAGAGGCAUUUAAAGAAAUUUCUUCCAUGGUACAGAGUUUCUUAAGGAAUGUCAUGGGGUGGUGCUUGUGUUACUUUGUACUGACAGCUCGAAAUUACUGUCUUACCUGACCUUGUUUGCCUGUCCUGUGACCUAAAAAACAACUACUGUAGUUGGUCAGCUUCAGAGAACCAGUGUCAGAGAUUUCUCUUAGUUACCAAUACCUUGCCUUAAAGUUUUAAGCACAUAUUCUUUUAUAUUUGAGAAUUUAAAUUUGUAUUCCUUAGCCAACUUUAGAAAUAAACCACUGCUUAUAUUUGCAUGAGUACUUAAACACAGUAUGCCCACCUGAUUGAGUCGAUGCUAGGGUUUUUCAUUCAUGAAACUAGGGGUUUAUUUUUAACAUAGUACCACCAUGUUAAAGAUAGUUUUGUUCUAUUCUCACCAUCCCCAAUUUUAUUUGAAAAGCAAAGUUUCUCACCAUUGUGCUUACUUGCUAGGUGAUUGUUCAGGGUUUCUUUGCUGGGAGAGAUUGCAAGCUCUACUAUAAAGGAUCCUUGAUUUGAUACUUCUCUUGAUUGUGCAGUCUCAUAGGAGGCAGUAGGAUUCACUGACCACAGCCAGAUAAUGGGUCAACAAAUCCAUGCCUCUGAAGAAACUUGAAUUAACCAAAUUGAGGCCCAUUUAUUUAAGAUAACCUGAUUUAGACAGCUUUUUGCACUGAAAAGCAGCACACUUUAUCCCCUAUUCAGUUAGAGUACAGAGUUACAAUAUCAUUGUUAAUUUAAGAAUUCACAACUAUGUUUACAUGCGAAAUCAGUUUAUGAUCAGCUUUAGGUGUAAAGUUUUGUUUUGUUUUUCUUUUAAUAUACUGAGGAUUGAUCACAGCUACCUUACCAUCCCUUUUUUUAAAAGACCCAAGGCACUAAAUUGCCUGGGAUGUGCCCAAACUUGUGAUCCUCCUUCUGCCUCCUGGAGCGCUGAGAUGACAAAUGGGUGCUGCCAUUUGUCAGCCUCAAAGCUGAAAUUUAUUUUGUAAGUGAAAUUUGAAACAUCUGUCCUUAAAAAUCAAGACCGUCUUCCCAGUGGAACUGAAACACUCAAAAGUAUUUUAGCAUGUUUUCAUUUCUGUAUUCUAGUGUCAAUUUGGGACCAGCCUGCUUUUGCCUCUGUGAAACCUUUUUCUGUUGCAUAAUUUUCCGCCAUCUUUUCUGCUUGCCAUAUUCUUUCAGUAGGUUGAUAAGAUAUAUUGAAGGUUGCAUGGCUCGGGGCAGUUCUUGUCUCAUAAUGUAACUUAACCUAUUCACUUUGAUCUAUUAAUCUCAAAAGUAAAUUCUUGAGGGCUAAUUUUCUCUUAUUUCCAAGUACUGAGCAGAAGCCUUUCUUGAAAGCCUGUAUAUUGACAUUUCUGUUUAAUUUGAUUUGCUUAUUAAGUACUGAUGAGUCCAUUCUUAAUGAUGAGGACAAUUCCAUUUUUUUUAAGACGUGUUUGAUUUUCAAGCAGCUUCACUUGGUUAGAAUACUAAUGUGUUGUAAACGGUGAUUGGAAUUCUAUUUUCUAAAUGUACUCAGAACCCCCAAGGAUAACUGAAUGGGAUGUUUGCUGAUAGAAAAUCCAGAACAGGCUUAUGUGUGUACUGGCAUGAAUCAGUCAUUGAUUUGAGCUUCUCAUAAAUAAUUAUUAAUAAAAUUCUUAAUAAAAUUUAUUAACAACACAAA